UUCAGGUGAUAAACAACAAUGGGGUGACAUCACACAAGUCCAGGCCUGUUGUGUUGACAUUUUGUCAAAACCGAAUACCCGUCAUGAUGCGUCAUAUGCGUCAUGCCCCAGUGUAUUGAUGUAAAAUCCACCAUUUUCAUUCAAGAACUUCUAACAUUUAUGUCUCCGAAAUAAGCAUACAACUCAAGGUACAAUGUAUGUUUGCAGGAAUUUAGGGGCGUUUGUAUCCUCGGAUAUAGGGCGUAAUUCACCCACAAUCAAAAGUAGACGAAGUUUUUCCUUCCUGAUAAACAACAACAGUUGCUGUCAUGUCUCAACUUGCCUGUGACCUCAGGGUUCCAAUUCAAUGAGCAGGGAAAGAAAACAAACACAGCUGGCAUUUUCUGUUUUGCAAAUCGAGGGAAUGCCCCAGAAUUUGCAUUGUGCAUUGUCGAUCCUGACACUGCCAACUUUGUGACGCUUGUUUAAAAUCCAAACGAGUUGUCGACUGAAAAAACUUUAUCCCGCGCUCAAGCCUGGUUGGACAUUCACUUGCGAUCCUCGGUGAACCACUCGCAAUUCUCCGUCUAAGUUAGAAGUCUUCCUUAGCAAGGAGUCUGGUUGCUUGGCGAUUUGGUCUCCAGCAUGGACAUUUCUCAUGUCAUUAUGCCUUUUGGAUCACCAGCGCGGUCAGAUUUUACGCGCGCACGAGACAGGCGGGAUUCAAGUUUAUCCUGGUGGGAAAGCGAAGAAGUGGACUUGGCUCAAGUCAGACCGCACUCAGAUCCGUUCGCAAAGUUGUCAGAAGUCAUUUGUAAAUCCACGGGCCAAUCACGAAUUCCAGGAAUGGUUUCUCCUGUUUCAAGACCUCUUCAGCUGCAGAUUGUCUUCAAAGGCUACCUUAUAGAUGUGGCGAUGAUCGCCGCUAACGCCCCACGUCAACUAUCAGCUGCGACACUCCAGGACGAAUUCACGCGGGCCGCAGCCAACGGGGAUAUGGAACAACUUCUUGAGCUGAAGGGUAUAGCCAACGUGGACAUCAACGGACAGAAUAAAUACGGUCGGAGUGCAAUACAGGUCAUGACGAUGGCCAUACCCGAAGUUGCCGAGUUCUUGCUUAAGUCGGGCGCCGAUCCCAACGUCCGCGAUCGGGACGUGGGCCGCACACCGCUACACGACGCGGCCGAGCACGGGCACGAAGACACGGUGCGGUUGUUGCUGAAGCACGGCGCGGAUCCGCUGGUGAGGGACAUGAGGGGCGACACCCCGGCACAUUUGGCCGCGGUGGAGGGCCGCCCACCUCAGAUUUUGGAAUUGUUAUCAAGAGGCUGUUCAAUGUGGGAAAGGAACAAUGCUGGGCGAACUCCCUUGGACGAGGCAGAUAGAAACGAACGGCGCGAAACAAAGCGAUGGAUCCAAAAUUACCACAGUUCGGGGAAAGGUACCGCGUUGAAGCAUUUAUGUAGACUAGCCAUCCAUCGCGUUCUAGGGACGCAGCGCUUGCCCCGAGUCCGUGAACUCAUCGGCUCUACACUGCCGAAAGCUCUUGUUGAAUAUUUGGAGAUGGCCAGAUAAGACUGAAAAAAAAGACUCUUUUAUAUAUAAAAAAUCACAGGAAAGGAGCUUCAUCGUUUAUAGAAAACCUUGGACCUACACUUGUUUAUAUAUUUGUACAGCUUGGCCUUUAUAAAGUUUAUGCGUGCUGAAUUUUGAUGUACAAUGUUAUUGAACACGAUGAAACAACAGCAGCCGUGUAUUGGUUUUUAACCAAGACGCUUUAGAAGUGAGGUUUUCAUACGACAGAAAAUAAUAAUACAAUGUAGUCUGGUAUCGGGGUUGGGCUAACGAUUGUAUGCAUGGAGGAGAGGUUAUAUAUUAUAUAGUAUAUUAUAUAGUUUCCUCAUUUUCCCUGACAGGCAGUGCACUAUAAGUUGAAGCAGUGUUGGCAUGGAUACAUGAUGUAGUAUACAUGUAAAUAUGGUGAUUGUGGACAAUAACAUGACUAUGUAAUGUAACAUGCACGCGUAUGAGAGGGGGAAAUGGUCAGUGUAUUUAAUUGUUACUGUGCAAUGGAAUAUAUAUUACUGUUCAUAUUCAGAAUUAGCAUUUUAAAAAAUUAAUACACGGGCAAUACGCUUGGAUAUUUUUUAAACUAUUUCAAAUAGAAAUGUUUUGUAAAUGUGUUGAAAUUUUAAGGGACAUUGUAGUUUGAACUAUAAACAUAUCGGCUGAAUUGAUGACGUUUAUAAACAAAUAAAUAUAACUGCUAAACUGUGAAAUGA